GUUAGUGUCCCUGUGAGGUGAAGACGACGCAGAGGACGGAAAUUCUGAAAUGAACGCGGUGGCCUUUGACGAUGUGGCUAUAAACUUCACCCGGGAAGAGUGGGCUUUGCUGGAUCCUUCCCAGAAGAAUCUCUACACAGAUGUGAUGCAGGAAGUCUUUAGGAACCUGACCUCUAUAGAAAACAUGAUGGAAGACCAGAACACUGAGGAUGAGGACAAAGAUCCUGAGACAAAUCUAAGGCACAUGAUAACCAACUCUGGAUACAACCUAUAUGAAAGUGAAGAAUAUUCUGAGGAGCCAUAUAAACCAUAUAGGAACUCUUUCAUUUCUCUUAUGAGUAUUCAAAGUCAUGUGAUAAUGGACACUGGAGGUAAACCUUAUAAAUGUAUGCUGUGUGGGAAAGCCUUUCAUUUCCCCAGUGAAUUCAGAAUACAUCUAAGAACUCACACAGGAGAGAAACCUUAUGAAUGUAAGCAGUGUGGUAAAGCUUUCAGUCAUUCCAGUUCCUUUCGAAAACAUGAAAGAACUCACACAGGAGAGAGGCCCUAUGUAUGUAAACAGUGUGGGAAAGCCUUCAAUUGUUCUGGUUCAAUCCGAAAACAUGAAAGAACUCAUACUGGAGAGAAGCCCUAUGAAUGUAAACAGUGUGGGAAAGCCUUCAAUUGUCCCAGUUACGUUCAAAUCCAUGAAAGAAGUCACACUGGAGAGAAGCCCUAUGAAUGUAAACAGUGUGAUAAAACAUUCAGUUGCUCUAGUUCCCUUCGGAAGCAUGAAAGAACUCACACUGGAGAGAAGCCCUACGAAUGCAAACAGUGUGGGAAAGCCUUCAGCUGUUCCAGUUCCUUUCGAAAACAUGAACGAACUCACACAGGGGAGAGGCCCUAUGAAUGUAAACAGUGUGGUAAGGCCUUCUUCUCUCUCACGAGUGUUCGAACGCACAUGAUAAAGCAUACUGGAAAUGGGCCUUUUAAAUGCAGUGUAUGUAAGGAAGUGUUUCCUUUUUCCAGUGUGUUUAGAAGACAUCAGACAUCUCAUGCUGGAAAGAAGCCCUAUGAAUGCAAACCCUGCAGCAAAUGGUUUAGUUCUCUCACUUCACUUCAAAUACAUGAAAGAACUCAUAACAGGGAGAAGCCCUACACAUGUAAGCAAUGUGGUAAAGCAUUCACCUGUCUCAGUUCCAUUCGAAAACAUGAACGAACUCACACUGGGGAAAAGUCCUAUCCGUGUAAACAGUGUGGGAAGUGGUUCAGUGCUUCCGGUUCUCUUCAAAUACAUGAACGAAUUCACAGUGGAGAAAAGCCCUAACAGUGUGGUAGGGCCUUCAGUCGGUCACUUCCAUUCGGGAACAUGAACAAACUCAUAGUGAGGAGAAACCCUGUGACUCUAAUGUGGGGAAGCCUUCACUUCCAGUUGAAAUUGAUUGCUAGACAGUCUUAUGAAUAUAAAUUCUGGUAAGUCCUUAUUUUCUCUCACAUAUUUUGAAUAAAAAUGAUAAAGCACACCAGAAGUGGACCUUUUAAUGUGAGGUGUGUCAAAAGGCCUUUCACAGUGCCAGUGUAUUUUUAUUUAGAACACAUCAAAUAACUCAUACAGGAAAGAAACCAUGUGAAUGUAAAAAAUGUGGUAAAUCCUUUACUGCUUCUUUUAUCCUUAAGACUGUAAGAGAAUUCAUGCUGGAGAGUAUCCCUAUUAAUGAAAGCAAUGGAGAAUUACUUAUUACAAUUGCCUUUGUACAGAGGAAUGAACUUGUACUGGAGAAACGUCCUUUGAGUACAAAUAAAUAUGGUAAAUAUCACAUUCCCAUUUGUCUUCAAAGGAACUAAAAUACUCCUUGGACAGUAAAUAAUCAGAAAGUGAUUAUAAGGAAUAUAAAAAAAGUUGUCUUGAUUUUUUUCAAGGACACAAAAAGAUCCCCACUGGGUAAUAACCCUAUUUAUAUGAGAAAAAUGCUAAAGGCUUCAGAUGCAGCAGCUCUUAGGUUGUGUGAAAGAAUACCCACAGGUGAAACACUGAAUAAGAAUGUGGGGGAAGCAUUUGAUUUUGCACUUUCCUUCAAAGACAUGAAAAGGACUGAGAAGGGAAAAAAGCCUAUAGCUCUAAGGAAUGUGGUUAAGCUUUCAAUUUUUACAGUUCUUUUUGAAAGGCAUUGAAGAACUCUGGGGAAAAGUCUGAGUGUGGGAAAUGUCAGAAGACCUUCAUUUUUCCAUUUCGUUCAGAGAUACUAAAGAACUCAUUUAGAAGAAGACUGUUGGGUACACAGGAAGUCCACUGCUUCAUUUCUCAUUGAAAGGCACAUGAUAAUGCACACUGGAGAUGGGCAGGCAUCAUACUGACUUUACAGUGUGAAAAUACUGCUUUUCUGGGUUAAAGCAUGGAAUGUGUUUUUUAUAUUAGAUGUAGUUUUGCAUUAUUUUGUUGAGACUUUUUAUAGCUGUAUUCAAAUAGAUUUGUGUAUCUUGGUAUAAUAUAGUAUUACUACAUACAGUGUAUGCAUGUGUAUAUGUGUAUCUGUGGGAUACAGCAUAGUUUGUACAUGAGUAGUAUAUAUUACAUAACUAGUUUAUAUAGUAAUUAAAAUAGAUGUAACCACUAUUUUACUACAUAAUAUUAGACCACAUUGGCUAUGCUAUUGCAGUCUUAUCAGUGUGUAGAAUAAAGUAUUGCAUUCA